AAGAGAAAUAAUUCGAUAAAUGGUGUGCAGCUUUGACCUUUGACUUGUCAUCGCGCAAUUGCUCUCCGUUCUAAAGCUUCAAAAGAAUUUCUGCAAUUUCAACAGCUGAAUUUGAUCUCUCUCUCUCUCUCUCUCUCUCUCUACAAUGAUCCGAUUCAUAUUAUUACAGAACAGGCAAGGCAAAACUCGACUCGCCAAGUACUACGUCCCUCUCGAGGAAUCCGAGAAGCAUAAGGUCGAGUACGAGGUUCAUCGGCUGGUUGUGAACAGGGAUCCCAAAUUCACCAACUUUGUGGAGUUCCGAACCCACAAGGUUAUCUACAGGCGGUACGCUGGUUUAUUCUUCUCACUGUGCGUCGACAUUACCGACAAUGAGUUAGUUUAUUUGGAGUGCAUUCACUUAUUUGUGGAGAUACUUGAUCAUUUCUUCAGCAACGUGUGCGAGCUCGAUUUAGUUUUUAAUUUCCACAAGGUGUACCUAAUACUAGACGAGUUCAUACUUGCUGGGGAACUCCAAGAAACGAGCAAGAAGGCGAUCAUUGAGAGAAUGGGUGAAUUGGAAAAGCAGGAAUAAUGAUUAUUUCAAUCAGCAACGCCCGAUCAGGCCAGAUUCGUGUAACUAUUUGCUAAACAUAGUCGAGUCUUGUUUAAGAUAUUCGGAAAUAUUGUUUGUAAAAUUUGCUGUUGGCAAACUGUUCUUUUUGUUGGUGAGUUAAAUGGUCAAUUCGUGGAAAUUCAUUCAAUUUGUGCGUUCAUGUUUACGCAUCAUCUGAUUAUAUUGUGUGUUAUUCUUUUAA